AUGGCCGCAUGGCCCCCUGACAGCGGCCGAUUUGAUAACUUUACACAAAAUAGUUUUAUGAACUUUACUUCUGGACAAUUUACAGACAAUUUAAAUUCCGGUUUAAAAUAUCAUGAUUUGGACGCAAAGUUUAAUAGUUUUCAAGUGCAUAAUUACGACAAAAAAGCUUCUGGAAGCACAGUGACGUCGGAAAGUGAAAUAAAUUCCAAGGACAACAGUGCAGAAAAUUCAAUAGAAUUCCCAUCCCACGAUGACUCAGUAUCGGACUUGCAAAACUCGAAUGUUGACAUCGCUUCUAACAUGGAUAAGAGCAAGAGGAAGCCGGAGGACAGCAGUGCGAGGUACAAAUGUGAAUAUGAGGGUUGUGAACGCACAUACAGCACUGUCGGAAACCUGCGCACACACAUGAAAACACACAAGGGUGAAUACAGGUUCAAAUGUCCGAUGCAAUCAUGUGAGAAAGCAUUUCUAACGUCAUACAGUCUGAAGAUACACAUUCGCGCGCACACGAAAGCGAAACCUUUCGCUUGCACCAUAGGUUCCUGCAGAAAAGCCUUCAACACAUUAUACAGAUUAAGGGCUCAUCAUCGGCUGCACAGCGGUGACACUUUUAACUGCACUGCAGAUGGAUGCACGAAGUUCUUCACGACCCUCAGCGACCUUAAGAAACACAUACGAACACAUACACAGGAGAGGCCGUACAAAUGUCGAACAGAAGGAUGUGGUAAGUCGUUUACGGCGUCACAUCACUUGAAGGCUCACGGGCGCACUCACUCGGGGGCGCGGCCCCACGCCUGUCCGGAGCCUGGCUGCGGGAGGCUGUUCUCCACCGCUACCAGUCUCAAAGCUCACGCGGUGAAACAUCAGAUCAAAACCGAACCAGUCAAAGAUAUCAUUGAACCUAUACAGAAACAAAUACAACCGACCAAAACAGGCGAAGAUGUCAUGAACUGGGACAGCCUACUCGAAUCCUUUGGCAGAAUCACGACCGAAUCCAACUCAACAGACGGCAGCUUAGAGGACAUCACCAAAGUCAACACUGUCGACAUAACAGAACUCCUUUUCUCAGAAAACAAUCAAAACCUUAAAAAUAUAGAAACAGAUGACCUCGCUGUGGACUAUGAUCUAGCCAGUCUCACUCUAUCACCAUUCGCAGUCGAUAAAGUUGACAGGAAAACCGAAAAUCCGUGGGUCGAUGUGAACGAUCUACAACCCAUGGUACCCCUACAAACACCUGAGAUUGAGAUGACACAUCCCAAGUUAGAAGUCAAGUCCAAAGCGAUGCAACUGGCGUUGGCAAAUGAAAUCGAAGAUCAAGCACCGUGGGUGGAUGUGAGCGCUCUAGCAGCUUCAAUAUCAGAAACCCCAGUUUGCAUCGAAGAAAAAACUCCAGAAAGCAUUUUCACGCUAGCAACCUUUGUACCCACACAUAUGCAGAGUUACAUAGACUUGAGUACAGAAGUUGCACCGACCGCCAAUCUUAUAACUCACGACUCAUUCAAUUUAGAUACUCCAAGUGUACUAGACGUUGGCGAUAAAGUGUUCAACGACAGUGAAAUAGUCACUAAUCUCGAUACGAAUAAAAUAGAUACUGAUAUCGACUUAUUCUUAGGGUCUGAUGAUGAUAGAUCUCUGAACACACCUCCUCCGUCCAAAGUAAGGCAGAACAUCGAAAUAAACCCAGCCAACUCGGUUCUCUUCAAUACGGACUUAGAUUUGGAAGAUACAUUAUUGUUUGAUAAUGAACCUCCCUCUGAUAUGUAUGUAGUGAGGACUGAGAAUAUAUUUGGUAAGGUUGCGAAAAGGAAUACACUGGAACAGUUGGCGGCUGACGCUGGCAUCUGUUCGUGUAUGACUUGUGAGUGUGAUCCUUCUGUUGGGGAGUGCAGGGGCGAUUGUUCUGAAGAAGAACCUCUCGUGGAGCCUCCCAAGCCGCAGCAAUGUCUGGACGAUACGUGUUCAUGUAUCGAUUGCAAAUGCGACCACGAAGCUAUGAAGUGCGCAGUAGGUUGUGGGCAAGCUACUGACACAAAUCACAACACGUUCUUACAUUAUCAUCGGCGACACAACAAUUCAAACUUAGAAGAUUUAGGAAUAUUUACUGUUCAUGAAGGUGAAGAAACUCUUCAAACUUCAGCAUUGAUGAAAAGUUUCGCGUGCUCAUGUAGUGGUCAUGGAUCUGGUGAAAAAUGUGGUCAUCAUCAAGAUGAGCAGAAGCGGUCGUGUGGUGACAAGAAGAAAACUUGCAGUGGUGAGAAGACACCUUGUAGUGCCAAAAAAGCCUCUUGUGGUGAAAAGAAAUCACCCUGUAGCGAAAAUAAGUCUCCUUGCAGUGAGAGCAAAUCGCUAUGUAGUGGCAAGAAGUCGUCAUGCAGCGGCAACAAUACUCCUUUUACUGACAGUGAUACUCCUUGUAGCACCAACAAGACCCCUUGUGGUGGCAAAUCGACGCCCUGUGGUGGUGAGAAAACGCCAUGUGGCGCCAAAAAGUCACCAUGUAGCGGCAAAAAAUCUACUGAAGGUUCGUGUCAAAACGCCAAAAAGUCUAUUGCCGAAGAAGUAUCGUCUUGUACGGUCAAAAAAGAAAAAUGCUGUGAUGGCGACGAGGCGUGUUGCGUUACAAUAUGUUUCAAGAAACUUGAAGCUUUCAAACAAUUUAUUUCAGAUAAUGACCUGAUGCAGGCUUUGAAAACGCAUAAUUUCAAUCUAACAUCGAGUUAA